UUCCAGUACUUGGCUUUCCAAUCACGUGACAGUUAACUAUGGCUUCCUUCUCGUAGUGACAGAGGCUUACUGUUGACAACAAGCCAAUAUUAAAGAUUUAUUCAUUUACUUGCCUUUUUUCCACACAAUUUGGAUUCACAAUGCAGAAGAUAAAGUCCCUUAUGGCCCGCCAGGGCCUCAAAAGCCCCCAGGAGAGCAUGGCUGAUCUGAGUCCAGUGGAGAACCUGAGGAUCCCGAGCACGGAGGAGUUGCGGGAGCUGAGGCAGCAGCCCAUCGACCCCCAAGCGGAGCAGGAAAUCAUCGACAGCAUCGAAGAGAUCUACUUCUCCAACGACUCCUUCGACAUGGUGCGGCACGAACUGGAGAAGCUCCCACCUGAGCUGAACCUUCAGGGAUUGGAAGAGUACAGAGACAAACUCAAGAGACAGCAGGCUGCAGUUUCUAAAAGGGUCGCUGAUCUCAUUCUGGAGAAGCAGCCUUCUUAUGUCAAGGAACUGGAGAGAGUGACAGCAUUACAGACCAAUCUGCAGCUGGCAGCAGUUAUUUGCACUAAUGCAAGAAGACAACUCAGGGUUUCCAAGGAGGAGUUCACGGAGGCAAGCCUGGGCCUGUUAGCCAAUCAGAGGAGGCGACAGCUGCUGACAGGGCUGCUCAAGUCACUGAGGACCAUCAAGACUCUGCAAAGGACAGAUGUAAGACUCAGCGAGAUGCUCGAGGAGGAAGACUAUCCAGGUGCAAUCCAGCUCUGUCUGGAAUGUCAAAAGGCGGCCAGCACCUUCAAACACUACAGCUGCAUCAGUGAGCUGAACUCUAAACUACAAGACACUCUUGAGCAAAUAGAGGAGCAGCUUGAUGUCGCCCUGUCAAGGACUUGUAAGCACUUUGAUGUGUUGCACUACACCAAGGUCCAGAAAGCAUACACGCUCCUUGGGAAAACCCAGACUGCUAUGGAUCAGCUGCACAUGCACUUCACCCAGGCUAUCCACAACACAGUGUUCCAGGUUGUCCUGGGGUAUGUUGAGCUGUGUGCCGGCAACGCGGACACCAAGUUCCAGAAGAUGCAAUAUAAGGACUUGUGCACGCACAUCACCCUCGACAGCUACAUUCCCUGCCUGACAGAUCUCUGCAAGGCUCUUUGGGAGGUGAUGCUGAGCUACCACCGCACCAUGCAGUGGCACGAAGAGCAUGACAAACAGAAGGCCGUACCAUCACAAGAUGAUGCAGCAGGAGAGCCUGAUGAGUUGACUGUGGACCGCAGCUAUGUGAAGAAAAAGCUGGAGCAUGGACUGACGCGGAUCUGGCAGGAUGUCCAGUUAAAGGUGAAGGUGUAUAUUCUGGGAACGGACAUGUCAAACUUCAAAUACGAUGAUUUCAUAGUGGUACUAGAUGUCAUCAGCAGGUUGAUGCAGGUUGGUGAGGAGUUCUGUGGCAGCAAGUCAGAGGUUCUGCAGGAGUCUAUCAAACGCCAGAGUGUGAACUACUUCAAAAACUAUCACAGAGCACGACUGGAAGAGCUUAGGAUGUUUCUGGAAAACGAGACAUGGGAACUAUGUCCAGUCAAGUCCAACUUUAACAUUGCCCAGCUCCAUGAGUUCAAGUUCAUGGGCCAGUGCCGCUCUCCCUCCGUUUCCCCAAGCAAACAGGCUGCCUCCUCAGCUGGCCCGGCUCUGGAGGAGCUGUCACUUUUCCAGCAGUAUCAUCAGGAUGGGAACCCUUUUGAGAUGCACAUGGAGCACAAGGAAGAGGAGACUGAGGAUGUUCUCGCAUCUAACGGGUAUGAAUCAGAUGAGCUGGAGAAGAGCGUCUAUCAGGACUACGACAGUGACAGCGACGUCCCAGAUGAGCUCAAGCAAGACUACGUUGAUGAGCAGACAGGCGACGUCCCUCUGAAGAGCGUGUCCCGAGAGACCAUAAGAAGCAAGAAAAAGUCAGAUUACAACCUGAGCAAGGCCAGCGCGCCGAUUCUCACCAACACCACCCUCAACGUCAUCCGGCUUGUUGGAAAGUACAUGCAGAUGAUGAACAUCCUGAAACCGAUUGCCUUUGAUGUCAUCCACUGUGUUUCGCAGCUCUUUGACUACUACCUUUAUGCUGUAUACACCUUCUUUGGACGCAAUGACAUGCCCGUCCCAAGCCCAUCUUUGCCCACCUAUAGUGGCAGAGAGGCAGUCCCAGCCAGGGUGGUGGGCCCUGCCUGCUUGUAUGAGUCAUCGGGUCUGGGCCUCAUCAGCAGCCGACUGAGAACCACACUGAACCGGAUCCAGGAGAGCCUCAUUGACGUGGAUCCUGUUGGGGAGAAUGCAGGAGUCCAUGGGCCCCCAGAGGACAGGAAGGAGAAGGUCCCCAGUCCGCACCUGAGCCAGAUGGUGAUCCUCACAGACAGUGGAACUCUCUAUGGGCUGGCACAGAGAGUGGUGGCCACCGAGUCUCUUGUGUUUUUGGCUGAGCAGUUUGAGUCCCUGCAGUCUCAUUUGGACACAACGAUGCCUGCUGCCAAGAAACCAUUCCUGCAACAGUUUUAUUCCCAGACGGUGUCCACAGCCAGCGAACUGCGUAAACCAAUAUACUGGAUAGUAGCAGCCAAGGCUAUAGACUACGAGCAAAUGCUGCUUAUGAUGGCCGGAGUUAAAUGGGAUAUCAAAGAGAUAAUGUCGCAGCACAACGUUUAUGUGGAUGUUCUGCUGAAGGAGUUUGAGCAAUUUAACAAGCGGCUCGGUGAUGUUUCCAGACAUGUGCGCAUUCCUCUGCCUGUGUCCAACGUCCUGUGGGAGCACUGCAUCCGCCUGGCUAACAGGACUCUGGUUGAAGGCUACGCUAACGUAAAGAAAUGUAGCAACGAGGGCCGAGCCCUGAUGCAGCUGGACUUUCAGCAGUUCCUAAUGAAGCUGGAGAAACUGACUGACCUGCGUCCCAUUCCCGACAAGGAGUUUGUGGAAACGUACAUCAAGGCGUAUUACCUUACUGAGAACGACAUGGAGCAGUUCAUCAAAAACCACAGGGAGUACUCCAUGAAGCAGCUGGCCAAUUUGGUUAACGUGUGUCUGGGCUCGCACAUCAACAAAAGGGCUCGUCAGAAACUUCUGGCUGCCAUCGAUGACAUCGACAGACCAAAGAGAUAGACUCGCGAACGUCUCGUUUAA